CCGCCGCGACGGGCGUGGCCUCCUCCAACGUUCCCCCACCCACCGCCGAGCUCUAUAAAUACCACCCGACCCGGAGCGGCCGACCACAGUCGCAGUACACCGUUCUUCUCUUACAGAACCGUUCGUGACAAUAUUAUAUUAUUAUCAUCGUCUAAAAGCAAAGAAUCGAUCGACUGUAUUUUUACUCGUAUUAAAUACAAAUCUUAAAACAAAAUAAAAUCGUCGCCGCUUUGCGCACAGUGCUCUCGUGUGUGAUUUGUUCGUCGUGUUCUACAGUUUUUGACCGUCUACACGCAUCGAGCGUAUAUUUUUUUUACGUACCUACUCCAGUUCGGUUCGUUUCGUUUCGUUUCGCUUCAAUUCGACGACAGCGACCAUGAAAUCCAUACCUAUGUGUCGCAAUAACAACAACAGCAGCAGCAAUAACAGCAACAACAACAACGGAGGUUCGACCGGACCCGCUGUGACUAGCGGCCGUGUACAACGCAAGCGCGGUGACCUGGAAGACGAAAAGAUCCAAAAGUAUCUGUCUAAGCUCAAGGAUCUGGUACCGCUUAUACCCAAGGACAAGCGGAUAUCGCGACUGGAGGUGAUCCAUCACGUGAUCGAUUACAUAUGUGACCUGGAGGACAUGCUGGAGAACCACAGGUCGGUGAACGCGGACGCCGUGCACUCGGCCGCCGCUGCCGUCAUGCUUUCGUCCUCGGUGGCCGCCGUCCGGCAGCCACUGGGUAUCAUAUCGACACCAAACGCGCUGGCCGCCGCCGCCGCAGCCGUCGCCGUGGCCACACAGCCGCAAUCGUCCUCCGAAUCGACAAUGUCCCCUUCUUCUCGGACACAAGACAAGCUGUCGAAUUCGUCAGACACGAGGGCCGUUAGCUGUUAAACAAAACAAAUAAUAAUACUAGAGAUAUUAUAUAUUAUUAUACUUUUUUGAAAACAACACAAUUUAACACAGAAAAAGAAUUGAAAUAUGCCACCCAUCCACGCCGCAGCAGCCAGUGACGAGUACCGUACCGAGGAAUACCGUUUGUCGAACAUACAAGUACACAAUAAAUAUAUAUUAUAAAAGUAUAUAUAUACAUACAUAUGUAUUGAAAGAGAGAGAGAGAGAAUACGUUUUGUAUACACACACAUUCCAAAUAGAUUCGACAUUUCUCGGGAGUUGGACUCGCAGGUUCCGUUUUGCGGAAAAGUGCGUUUUUCUCGCCCCCCUCCCCUUUCACACUGUACAGUUUAGGUUUAAGUCCUAAUUGUUAUUAUUUAUUAUUAUUAUUAUUAUUAUUAUUAUUAUUAUUAUAUCAUUAUUUUUUUCGUUAUGACUGUGAUCCUAUCAAUAUGUAGUCUAGGUUUUAGUAUUUAUAUAUUAUAAUUAUUAUAUUAUUAUGUAGACGUUUAGUUCUAGCAGGUAUAUAAUCUUACUAUGGUAAAAAUAAAUUUUAAAAAUGUUUAUUUAAAUGAAGCCCUAUUUAUAUGACAACCGGGUGGGUUUCGACUCGAAUCCUAUAGAGAAAUAUUAUGAAGUAGUCCAUUAUAUUAUUAUAUCCAACAAAAAAAAACACAAUAUAAUAUCAAAUUUGUAUAAUAUAUUA